AUGACGGACAGAGCGGGCUACAGCAACAACCCCCGGCCGCCCGUGGCCCCCCUGGUUCCCCCUGAGCCCAUAGACAUCAUCCGCAUCAAGGCCCGCUCCCGGCGGGUCAGGCUCAACGUUGGGGGUCUCACACAUGAAGUCCUGUGGAGGACACUGGACCGGCUGCCCAGAACCCGUCUGGGACGUUUACGGGACUGCAACACCCACGAGUCUCUGCUGGAGAUCUGCGACGACUACAGCCUCAACGAGAACGAGUACUUCUUCGACAGACACCCCGUGGCCUUCUCCUCCAUCCUCAACUUCUACAGGACGGGGAAGCUGCACAUGAUGGAGGAGAUGUGCGCCCUGUCGUUCGGACAGGAGCUGGACUACUGGGGGAUCGACGAGAUCUACCUGGAGUCGUGUUGCCAGGCCAGGUACCACCAGAAGAAGGAGCAGAUGAACGAGGAGCUGAGGAGGGAGGCGGAGACGCUCAGGGAGAAGGACGGCGAGGAGGAGGAACACGGCUGCUGUCCCGAGCAGAGACAGAAACUCUGGGACCUGCUGGAGAAGCCGAGCUCCUCCGUGGCUGCAAAGGUACUGGCGAUGAUCUCCAUCCUGUUCAUUAUCAUUUCCACCAUCUCGUUGUCCCUCAACACCCUGCCGGAGCUCCAGGUUGUGGAUGAAUUUGGACAGUUCAAUGACAACCCCAGCCUAGCUCACGUGGAAGCCGUCUGCAUUGCAUGGUUUACCAUGGAGUACCUGCUCCGCUUGCUCUCUGCACCUGUCAAGUGGGAUUUCAUCAAAGCCCCCCUGAACAUCAUCGAUUUACUGGCUAUACUGCCUUACUAUGUGACUCUCUGCCUAACUGAAUCCAACAAGAGUGUGCUGCAGUUCCAGAACGUGCGCCGAGUGGUCCAGAUCUUCAGAAUAAUGAGAAUCCUGAGGAUCCUGAAGCUUGCCCGGCAUUCGACAGGGCUGCAGUCAUUGGGCUUCACUUUGCGAAGGAGCUAUAAUGAGUUGGGCCUGCUGAUCCUCUUCCUUGCCAUGGGCAUUAUGAUCUUCUCUAGCUUGGUGUUCUUUGCUGAGAAGGACGAGGACGCCACCAAAUUCACCAGUAUCCCCGCCUCCUUCUGGUGGGCCACCAUAACUAUGACCACUGUUGGUUAUGGAGAUAUUUACCCACAAACCCUGCUGGGGAAGAUCGUAGGUGGACUCUGCUGCAUAGCAGGCGUGUUGGUCAUUGCCCUCCCCAUCCCGAUCAUUGUCAACAACUUCUCUGAGUUCUACCGAGAGCAGAAGAGGCAGGAGAAGGCCAUUAAGAGGAGGGAAGCACUUGAGAGAGCCAAACGAAGUGGAAGCAUCAUAUCUAUUAAUCUUAAGGAUGCUUUUGCACGUAGUAUGGAACUGACAGAUGUGUUAGUGGAAAAGAGAGAGGACAGUAAAUGUCCUGUGGACAAUCACCUGUCGCCCAGCCGCUGGAGCUACCACAAACACUACUCUAAUGCAGAGGUUGGUAGCCCAGCAAAAACCCCACAUUCACAUUACCAAGAAGUGGCUCAGCGUGGCUCCCCUGAACGACUCAAACUUUCAUCCAACAAAACUACCCCGCAACAUCUCAACCCAAAGCGAAUGGACGACACUUACACGGAGAAGGCAAGUCUCUCAGAGCAGCAGGACAAAAAAAUUGAAGAGAAGAAGGAGGUUAAAGUCUUGACGUCGACGCAAUCCCGGAAAAUCUCUCCAGAUCUCAGCACGGUCAGAAGAUUCUCUAGAGUAGAUGAAGAUUUGUUAUUGGAGAGAGGAGAAAGGAGCUCAAAGCUUCCCAGUACUGAAGCAGGUCAAACUGGUGGUAAAUAUCAGAACAUCCCCCCUCCACUGGAUCUGAGUCAGAUCAGCAACAUUGAGGCGAACCGAGGCGUGGACAACAUCCAGCCGAUGGGCAUCAUCAAAGAGGGUUUAUAUGAAUUUGUUUCCAAGUCAAGAGAAAGCGCGACUGCAGAUGCGGGUUUGGGGCAACAGAGAGGGGAUAAUCUUGGGGUGACCUAUGACACCAUUAGCAGCUCCAUGCGAGAUUAUAAAAGCCCUCAAAAGACAAGGGCCCUCAAGGUUGAUUUAAUUGAAGCUAAAGAUGACGUCCUUAUGGCUAUGAUGGCACCUGUGAUGACCCAAGCUGCCACUGGUUCAACCAAGGGUGCUCAACUACUUUCAGAAGAAUUGAUUCCCAGGUUUUCUCCCUCUCCUGGCUCUGCAACGCAGGACACUAAGUCUCCGUUGGCAGUCCUGCAAUCUCCUUCUCUGUCACAGAGAUCUGUCAGUCCAAGCAACUCCCAGAGGGAAGGUGAGGGCUCAGCAGGCAGAAGCUUAGAAGGUGAAGGGCAGCACACUGGCUUAAGCCACCAGGGAAGGAAUCACAUGGAGAGGUCUGCUGUUGGCUCAAGCAGCAGCGUAAGCCCACUGUCGUCUAAAGCUAGCCCACUCAACUGCAUCCAGGAGCUAGUAACCAUCGAGAGAGGGUUGGAAGGUGAAGGAAGGGAGGCAGCAGAACAGAGGGGAGAGAGACGAGAAAAUCAUGUGGCUCUUGACGGGAGCCUGACACCACCCUGUGAAACGAGCAUGUAA